AUGACCCAAGUACUAAAAAAGGUUACAGUUCAAGUACUUAAAAUUAAUAAUGUAGAAAACAUACUCGGUGGGACCGCCCUGCGGGCUAACAGUACUUGGUGGAGCAAUGUGCAGAUGGGGCCACCGGAUGUCAUUUUAGGUAUAACGGAAGCCUAUAAAAGGGAUACUCAUCCAAAUAAAGUUAACUUGGGUGUUGGAGCAUACAGAGACGAUGCAGGCAAACCAUUUGUUUUGCCUUCAGUGAGAAUGGCGGAAGAAAUUGUUCAUAAGAAACAUCUUAAUCAUGAGUAUGCCCCGAUUGGAGGUGAGGCAGCAUACACAGAUGCUGUUGCAAAACUUGCCUUUGGAGAAGACAGCCCCGUUAUCAAAUCAAAAAGCAAUUGUACUGUCCAGACUUUGUCCGGCACCGGGGCGCUGCGUCUCGGCUUGGAAUUCAUCACGAAGCACUACGCGAAGACGAAGGAGGUGUGGAUGCCGUCGCCCACUUGGGGCAACCACCCGCAGAUCUGCAACACGCUGAACAUCCCGCACAAUAAGUACCGCUACUUCGACCCGAAGACCAACGGCUUCGACUUGCAGGGCGCCCUAGAAGACAUCUGUAAAAUUCCAGAGGGCGCUAUAAUUUUGUUGCACGCGUGCGCGCACAACCCUACCGGGGUGACCCGCGCCCCAGCGAUUGGGAGCAACUGUCCCAGGCGAUCAAAGAGAGGAAGCUGUUCCCAUUCUUCGACAUGGCGUACCAGGGCUUCGCAACGGGCAACGUCGACAAUGACGCCUUCGCCGUGCGCCACUUCG